AUGUGCUCCUCUGGCUCUCUCCUGGCCCCUAGGUGGCCCCUGAAGUCCUGCAUAGAGGCCAACUGCCACAGAGGUGAGGACCAUGGACCAGAGAGGGGCAGUGGCUGGCUGGGAGACACACAGCACCUGCUGACGCGACAGGGGACCCGGAGCCCACCGAAGGACACAGCCAUGGGGGCCCUCCUGGGCACCACAGGCCUCGCACCCCGUUCGGAGGCAGAUGACGAGGACUCGUACCCACAGAGCGGCUGGGACACGGUGUUCCUGGUGGCGCUGCUGCUCCUGGGGCUGCCGGCCAACGGGCUGGUGGCGUGGCUGGCUGGCUCACAGGCCCGGCAGGGCGCGGGCACCAGGCCGGCCCUGCUGCUGCUCAGCCUGGCCCUGUCCGACUUCCUGUUCCUGGCGGCGGCCGUCUUCCAGAUCCUGGAGAUCCAGCAUGGGGGGCACUGGCCGUUGGGCACGGCCGCCUGCCGCUUCUACUACUUCCUGUGGGGGGUGUCCUACUCCUCUGGCCUCUUCCUGCUGGCCGCCCUCAGCCUGGACCGCUGCCUGCUGGCGCUGUGCCCGCGCUGGUACCUGCGCCGUCGCCCGGCCCGCCUGCCGCUCUGGGUGUGCGGCGGCGUGUGGGUGCUGGCCACCCUGUUCAGCGUGCCCUGGCUGGUCUUCCCCGAGGCCGCCGUCUGGUGGUACGACCUGGUCAUCUGCCUGGACUUCUGGGACGACGAGGAGCUGCCGCUGCGUGUGCUGGAGGUGCUGGGCGGCCUGCUGCCCUUCCUGCUGCUGCUCCUGUGCCAUGUGCUCACGCGGGCCCGCGCCUGCCACCCCUGCCGCCCCUGCCGCCCCGGCCGGCCGGCGGCCUCCACGCCCCAGGGCUUCGCACGCGUGGCCUCCACCCUGCUGUCGGCCUACGUGCUGCUGCGGCUGCCUUACCAGCUGGCACAGCUGCUCUACCUGGCCUUCCUGUGGGACGUGUACCCCGGCCAGCUGCUGUGGGAGGCGCUGGUCUACUCAGACUACCUGGUCCUGCUCAGCAGCUGCCUCAGCCCCUUCCUGGGCCUCCUGGCCAGCGCUGACCUGCGCGCCCUGCUGCACGCCCUGCUCGCCUCCUUCGCCGCCGCGCUGUGCGAGGAGCAGCCGGGCAGCCUCAUGCCGGCUGGGCCGCAGACCCAACUGGACGCUGGCCAGAGCCCUCCGGGACCCUCGGCCGAGGCCCAGCCACGGGUGGACUCCACGGUGCAGCUGGAGAACCCCACAUUCCAGACAUGGCUGAACCCCACAGCCCAGCCCCGGGCAGACUCUACAGUCCAGCUGCAGGAUAACCCCAAGGCCCAGGCCCAGGAGGAACCUCCAGCCCAGCUGCUGAACCCCAGGGCCCAGCCACAGGAGGACCCCAAGUCCCAGUCACAGGCAGACCCCACAGCUCAGCCCCAAGCAAAUCCUGGGGCCCAGCCCCAGGUGGACCCCACAGCCCAGUUGCAGAACCCCGUGGGCCAGCCCCAGGCAGUCCCUGAGACCCAGCAACAGGAGAGCCCCAAGGAACAACCACCGUUGGAUUCUGUGGCUCAGCCACAGGUGAACCCCCUGACCCAGUCCCAGGGGAACCUGGAGGCCCAGCCCCCAGAACCGCCCACCAGCUCUGCCCCCCACCCCUGUGAGGAACCCUCCCCAGCAGAUCCCACUCCUGAGACCCCCAAGGACUCUCCCUUGCCUUCUGUCUCUGAAGGGGAAAGCCCCCCCAAGUCCCCCUCAGAGGAGACCCCCAGCACCAGCCCCACGUGAGGGCACAGGAAGGCCCAGUCACAGGUCAGGGGAAGCUGGAGGGAGACCAGACACUGGCCAGUGAGCAGAGGGGGUUGAGCAGGAAGCGGACUGGAAAAUCCCACAGCUCUCAGGGGCCCUGAGGUGGGGGGAGGGGGACAAGCAGCCUGGUGUGAGUGCAGCUCCCUGCCCCCCCACACACACACAGGCCUAACACCCCUGUCCUACCCCACCCCCCACAGCGGCCCUGUCACAGCGCCUGGUGUCCUGAGGCUCUGCCCUGGAGCCCC